UCUAAAAAGCGUCUUGCGUGCUCGCCGAUCAAUCUAACCAUCAGGUGCGUGUUUGUCGGUGCGUUAACAAUUACCCCACGGUGUAGGAAACAGUUCGAAGAAGAAAAAUACGUUAAUUUGCUUUUUGACAGAUAAGGCACGUUGCGAUCGUUCAGAUUGUGCGUUACGCGGUCGACAUCCCCCUUUUGCUGUGCGUUCUAAUUGGCGUGUCUGUUACGUGGAAAAGCUAGAACUAGAACCGAUCGCGAUAAACAACUUCAGACACAUGAUCGUGACCUAUCUCUGGUGGAAAGUUCUGCGCAGUUGCUUCCACUUAUCACACAACACUAUCUAACUCGAGUUCUCAACUUGUGCCCUACGAGUAAUUGAGAUCAGUUCGGUAUUGUGCUUCAUUUCGGUGCGUAUGUUCGGUGUGUUUGUGCUUUCAGUUCUAGACCCUGCUCAGUGUGCGUUCCGUUGGUCGCUUAUCUCGGGUCACGCUUGAUACUUGGUCGUCCAAGCGCGCUGUUAUCAGUGGGGAAAGAGGAAGAAAUUUUUUGCGCAACGCAACAACGAGUACCAGUUUGGCAAAAAGGGCCCGAUCGAAGGGAAAAUUGGUUUGCAACGAGCGAAGUAAUAAAACACAACCACCCCAGAUCCAGUGCAGAGUUGCUGGUUGAGCCUUAGCCAAAACUUGUUUCGCUUCCGCUUCAGAGCACGAAACUGACGGGAAGUUUGUCUUGGCUUUGUCGCAGAAAUAAGUGUGUGAGUGUUGUCGACCGUGCACGUCGGUGUGUUGUUUAGGGCCCGGAGGAUAAAAACGUAACCUGUCCCUGCCUGCUGCUCGCGUUAUCUUAAUCACCAACGUCUGCAGCAUAUUCCGGGCUCGUACCGGAGACUUACAUCAAGCAAAAAGAUUGAUAUUCAACCUUGUUUUGUGCAGCUCGUCCGAUAAACGUUCAUCCACAUAAAAUGACACAGCGUAAAAGUAAAGGAGGGACAGCGGCGAUGCGUGCUGCCAUGCUGCUAGCCACCGUUCUCUGCAUUGCCGUGUUGCCGGUUUGCAUCUACAGUCUCGAAAACGGACUCGCGAGAACACCGCCCAUGGGAUGGCUUUCAUGGGAACGCUUCCGCUGCAAUACGGACUGCGAGGGUGAUCCGGAGAACUGUAUCAGUGAACACCUUUUCCGCACGAUGGCCGAUCUGGUGGUGAGCGAAGGAUACGCUGCCGUUGGCUACGAGUACAUCAAUGUCGAUGACUGUUGGUUGGAGAAAUCACGUGGACCGCGUGGUGAACUGGUCGCUGAUCGACGUCGGUUCCCGAGUGGUAUGAAGUCACUGGCAAACUAUGUCCACACGAAAGGUCUUAAGUUCGGUAUCUACGAAGACUACGGAAAUUACACGUGUGCCGGAUAUCCAGGAAUUCUCGGAUUCUCCGCAAACGAUGCGGCACAGUUUGCGUCGUGGGACGUGGACUACGUUAAGCUGGACGGUUGCUACUCGCUGCCGAUUGACAUGGAUCACGGCUAUCCGGAAUUUGGACGUAAUCUGAAUGCUACCGGACGUCCGAUGAUCUACUCGUGCAGCUGGCCAGUUUAUCAGAUCUAUGCAGGCAUGAAUCCCAACUACUCGUCGAUUAUUCAGCAUUGUAAUUUGUGGCGUAACUACGACGACAUUCAAGAUUCCUGGGCAUCACUGGAGAGCAUUAUCGAUUAUUAUGGCAACAAUCAGGAUGCGAUCAUACCGAAUGCUGGUCCCGGCCAUUGGAACGAUCCGGACAUGCUGAUUAUCGGAAACUUUGGGCUCAGCUACGAACAGUCCAAGACGCAGAUGGCGCUCUGGGCUAUAAUGGCCGCUCCGCUCAUGAUGUCGGUUGAUCUGCGUACGAUCCGGCCAGAGUUUAAGGCAAUUCUACAGAACCGCAAAAUCAUUGCGGUCGAUCAAGAUCCACUCGGCAUUCAGGGGCGAAGAAUUUAUAAGCACAAGGGCAUCGAGAUCUGGUCCCGACCGAUCACUCCCAUCUACCAGACGUACUACUCGUACGCGAUCGCCUUUGUUAACCGGCGAACAGACGGUACACCAUCGGAUGUGGCUGUGACCCUACGCGAGCUGGGUCUUAUUUCGCCCACCGGCUACAGGGUUGAGGACCUGUACGAGGAAGUCGACUACGGAGUACUGAGCCCACAGACGAAGAUUAAGGUAAAGGUGAAUCCAUCAGGCGUGGUGAUACUGCGGGCCGAUGUUCAGCCGGAGCGUUUCUCCAAGAGACCGUACAAUCCCAUCUUCUAUCGCUAUCCUAACUAAACCGUUCGCAGUGGUGUUCAAUCGGCGGGUCAAAGAACCUCAUUCUGUGCUGUAGGUAACGUUUGACAGCGUACUAAAGAUGUCCGGGAAAUUCGGAGCCACUAGCUAGACCCUUCCUUGUAGUAGCAAUACCCAUACACAUACACACCUUCAUCAGGCGAAAUUUCAACAUGUUUCAGUGCAUUAAAACAUGGAACUAUUUGUUAGUGAUGUAAGAAAUACAGGAACAAUUCUUUAAGGAUAGUUUAUCACGAGCAGCAGCAAGCAGAAACAAUCAUGUGCCAGUUUUGAUGGAAAAAAUCAGUUAAUAGCAAGCACUUACAUUUUCCUUUACCCACACAAACUGACAACACACAUCUAUAAAAGGGAAAACAAUCGAUAAUAGAGAUCACACAGAGAUAUGGCUUUUACGUGUAGUCCUCUGGCACUGUUUUCUAUUAACGUAGGAGCCUGGAGUGUUUACUAGCUAGAAAUGCAUUUGCAUACUUGCACUGCAAACCAACACGUUCCACCAGCAGCCAAAACCAAAUGGUGCUCUCAUACAAAACGUGUGCUUCCUUGCUAACGGGCCUGUUUUCGGGUGCUCUUUGGGCGAAGUUGAAGCGCCACAGUGAUAUGAUUACGUUACGUAACGGUUGAUAAAACAAAACAAGUUUUUAUACCCUCCCCUUCCGGGAUAGAAGAAACCACCACACAACGAUUGGCUACAAGUGCUGGCUACUCGUCUACCUUGCCUAAACCCCAGACCGAUCCCUAUUGGUGUGGGGUUUUCCAUCCGAUUCCGUGGUGUAUGAUCUUGGUACGUGCAUAAGGUUAGGUUUGUACAUUGUAUAAUUUAUGAUACGGGACAGUCCCGGGGCAGUGAGUGUGUGAUGUCCUUGUUUUUUUUUAUUUUUUUAAUAGUUUCCAAAACCAAUUAUUGACUAAAUCAAUUUGAGAUAAUAAAUAAAUGAAUAAAAUCGAUACGAA